AUGGCUCAAAAUGCGCUGUCUACAAAAUGUUCUGUUCAAAGACCUCCAAGUCAGGGUUCUUCUGCUUCUCGCUCCAAGUCUCUGCAUCCAGACAUUUCUCGUGCUUCCACCCGUGGACUGUCUCCUCGUUGGCGCUCCCCAACUCAAUCAACCCUUGUCAGUGGCUCUAAAUCUCCAUGUUCAAGCAUUUCUCGUACUUCCACCAGUAGACUAGCUUCAUCAUCCAGUCACACACAGCCCCCCUUUCGUAGGUGCUCCUUAUCAAAGGCUCCACCUAGCCAUGUUGCUUGGUCAGGUCAUGCGCCUUCCCCUUCUCCUACUUCAGGCCAUUCUCAAUCUUGUAGUCUUACGCCUGAUGAGGGUGACCAGCCCAAGCACCAAGUGGAAAGGGCAAGCAAACAAGUAAACCCCUCGAAGCUUGGAUUUUACCCAACCUGUUGGCAGACAUUUCUUCAGGCGGCAAAGUUGGAAAUGCACUUGCAGGCUGUACUAACGCACCCAAUUCCAGAGCAUCGUGAUGCGGUAGGACUCGCAUGGGAAGUCCUGGAUGCAGAGUUAUGGAAAUACCACUCGAAGAAGAUUAGGUUGGACAACGGUAAGUCCCUCCAUACUACCGGAGGUUAUCGCAAUCUGGUGUCCCUAGGAUAUUUCCUGGAAUAUCAUGACCAGAUGUCACACUUGCUCUGCGAUGACUUGUUUACAUUCCAGACAGAACUCAAGAAAGUUGUCAUCUCUAUUGCGAAACAACUAUACAACAUCUUCCCGAGAAGCAGUGUGAUGCACAAGGACUUGGUGCAGAAAUGUGUUACUGAAGCAGCGUCUAAACUGAUCAAGUCCAGUGACUACCUUCGGCUUCCUGACUCAUCUGAGGGCAGGUACAAGAACUUCGCAUUGCAGGUUCUUAAAGAUGGAUGUCUAGAUUUUUACUACAGCAACGGCAAAAAAGCAUUGAAGUUGACAGAGGAAUUUCAAUGCUCAAUUCCCAUCAAUGGCCUCAUUCUCGUAGCCGUGGUUGUGAAGGGCAUUCUGAGUGGUUUCCGUGAAACCGAUAUUCCUGAGCAUCGUCAAGAGCUGAAAGAGAUGUUGGAGGAAUGGGUCGAGUUUGGGAUGAUGAGUGGGGUUCGCAAUGGUUCAGACAGCGGCUCAGCUGAAGAGGAUGUCAACAUCAUUAUAUAG